UUGUCUCUCUAAGGAUUUCAUCACUUUGAUCUAUAUUGUCUGUCAUUAACUCAACAGAUUUAUGGUUUAUUUGUUGCAUAUUUGAGUUCAGCUUAACUUUCUCUGUUCAUGUUCUUCAUCAUGGAGAUUUCCUUUCUCUUUGUUGUUAUAUAUUUCUUCUGUUUCAAUGGGCAUAAAAAAAAUUAAAUUUUUUUAUGCGGGUUUUUUUUUUUCAGUUUUUUAUUUUGAUGAUCGUUUUCUCUUCAAGCGUUUUUGGAUGAACACAUCUAUUGUUCUUCGUGAUAAUGUUUUUAAAACAACAGUUAGAAAUAAAAUUUAUAGACCAUUGUUUGAGCUGAAAUCUAGAUUUUUAUCCCAGUAAUUCAACGAUUUGUGCUAGAUCGUUGUUUUUCUAGCUAUUUAUUGUAUGAUAAUGGAUUUCGUUUAACCGUUUUUUUUUUCCCUCUUUUGUUUUUAGCUCAUCGUUGACAAGAACAAAAUCUGGAGUUGUUUAAUACUAUAAUGUUCUUUGGACACUUUCGUCGAUCUUUUUUUAUGCUCAUGUUUGUCUCGUUUCUCUACAUUUGGCAAUCUUCGAGUUUUGGUUGUUUAAUUGUCUGUUUCUUUAUUUGAUGCUUAACCAAUUUGACUACGGAACUAUGAUUACUUUGUUUAUUUAAUAAUUAAUACGACCCCAAAAAACUUGAUUUUUUUAUUUAUAUCUAUACUAUAAAUUACUUGAAUUUAAUAUUUCAAGUUGAUUCAACAGAUAAUAUUCAAAGGCAGAGAUCACUGAGAAGAUAUAUAUGUAUAAAGAGGAUACCAAAUAUGCUUGAUGGUGAAUUGGCAAAUUUUAUGUUUCAGUGAUUCAUGGAAUCUAGAAUGCGAGAAUUGAAUGAAUAUGCAUGAUAGUUCUCAGUGAUGGGGUUCUUAAACAUGGAGAAGAAAUGGUUAUUUCCUCUCAUUUUGAGUUCUGCUGCAUGCAUGCUCAUUUUAGCCACAUCCUUCAACGUUAGUAUUGUCUCUUCAAUUCACUCCAUCAAUUCAUUUUUCUUUCUACCAUCUCAUGUACACAUAAACCAAACUGCUCGAGUUUUUGUGGAGAAUAAGAUUUCUCCUGCUCCAUCUCCUGCUAGGCCUGCGAUUCCCCGUUUUGCUUAUUUGAUUUCGGGGUCGAAAGGUGAUUUGGAAAAGCUUUGGAGAACUCUUUUUGCACUCUAUCAUCCAUUAAACCUUUAUGUUGUUCAUUUGGACCUUGAAUCUCCACUAGAGGAAAGGUUGGAGCUUGCAUCCAGAAUUGAAGGACAUGCUGUCUUCAAUAAGGUUGGAAAUGUUUUUGUAAUUACAAAGGCUAACAUGGUCACAUACAGAGGACCAACAAUGGUUGCUAAUACUCUUCAUGCUUGUGCUAUUCUACUCAAGAAAAGUAAAGACUGGGACUGGUUUAUUAAUCUCAGUGCUUCAGACUAUCCUCUUGUGACUCAGGAUGAUUUACUAUAUACCUUUUCGGAUUUAGAUAAAAGCCUUAACUUCAUUGAGCACACAAGUCGGUUAGGAUGGAAGCUGGAUAAACGAGCAAUGCCUUUAAUUAUAGACCCAGGGCUUUACAUGACAACCAAAUCUGAUGUAUUUUGGGUCAAUCCUAAGAGAGCUUUGCCAACUGCUUUUAAACUAUUCACAGGUUCAGCAUGGAUGGUUUUAUCAUAUGAUUUUGUCGAAUAUGUUGUCUGGGGUUGGGAUAAUCUACCAAGGACCCUUCUCAUGUACUACACUAACUUUCUCUCAUCACCUGAAGGCUACUUUCAGACUGUUGCAUGCAAUGCGCCAGAAUUAGCUAAGACCCUUGUCAAUAGUGACUUGCAUUAUAUUUCCUGGGACAUCCCUCCUAAGCAGCAUCCUCAUGUCCUUAAUAUCAAUGACACAGACAAAAUGAUUGAAAGUGGUGCUGCCUUUGCUAGAAAGUUUAAGCAAGAUGAUCCAGUCUUGGACUUGAUUGAUAAAAAAUUACUACGUAAGAGAAAGGGACUAUUCACACUUGGUGGUUGGUGCUCUGGUAAACCCAAAUGUUCUGAGGUUGGUAACAUUUAUAAACUCAAACCUGGUCCAGGAGCCCUAAGGCUUCAUCGCCUUGUAGCUGAACUAUCAUUGAAGGCUAAAUCUGGUGCGGAUCAGUGUAUAUAGAUCCUAUUGGGAACUUUCAUGGUUGGAGAUGGAAGAGUCACAUAGAUGGUGAUUUUUUUUAUAGCUAGACACUCAAUUGGAGGGGUAGAUAAUUUAUGAGGUUGGAGUGCAAUUGCACCUCAUUCAUAAUAUAAUUUGGAGAGCAUAUCAAUUUUAUAUAAGAACUUAGCUAUAGUUGCCACUAUAUAAAUUAUCAAAGAUGGCAUGAGGGUCAUCUUUCUUUUUGUAGGUCCCUAUUUCAUUGAGGUUACACAAUUUUUUUGGCAGCAUCAUGAUCUCGGAAUUUUAGAGAUUUUAUUUAAAUUUUUUUUGUUAAUGUUCAUUAUUCAUGAAUUAGGUUCUUUAUGUUUCCUAUAGACAACAGAAUUUGGAUCAGGCAUACUGUAUCCCAACUCUAAAAGGCUCACGUCCACUUUUAUCUACCGCAUCCACUGUGAGGCGUGUUCGCGGUUUGGAUUAGAUCGGUUUUGGAAGCAAAAAUCAUCUGAUUCAAUCCCUUC